UAUCAUGUCAGGAGUAAUCCGACUCGGCCCACAAGCACAACUAUGGAGGAGGAGGAGCAACAGUUGAGGGGGUGAGGCAGGCAGAGGCAUCAGAGGAGCUCUCUGCUCCACUUACGGUAACCGAGCUCUCCCUCCUCACCCAUCUUCUCGACCCACAGAGUUCCCCUCUCUGGAGCUGGAGAGAAGAAGUGCUGCUGGAAAGAGGGCUCAAGUCUGUGCGGAAAGGGGACCAAGAACUCUGUUUGAAGGAGGACGAUGACAGGAGUUUUCUGAAUUUUUUGAAGUGAUGCCAAGUGACAGGCUGCUCUCAACAACCCAUCUCUCCUCUUUUUGAAUGGAUCAACCUUCCAAGAAGCCAUGAAGCCCAUGCUUACAUUUGGAGGAAUGUUGAUAUUGAUCUUUGCAACUUAAGAGUUCUAUGGAAGUGGAAAUAUGAUAAAUGAAUAAUACAGCCUGGACCUGAAUCAAGUCAGGACACCUUCCCUACUUGCAAGCACAGGGAGUUGUGAUGCUUUUCAGGGGAACUAGCAGGAAUCCUGCUAUCGCGCCUCGCCUGUGAUGAUGAUGGACUUACCUAGCCAGCACUUGCCUGUGGAGGUCAGCUGAAGACGACGCCACGCAGCUAAGUCUGGAUUAGCCGGCCGAACGAGUUUCAAUGCUCCUCCACGUUCUAAGAUGAAGUUAUGGAAAGGUGCUACUUUUGCCUUCAUGCUCUGUGGUGCAGCCCUGUCCAUCGUCCUCGUUAGAAACAUGGCCACUAUUGGACAGUUCAAACCUAAGACAAAAUAUCCAUACACACCUUCAUCCUCAUCAAGUCCGUCUUCAUCAUCAGAAUCAACAUCCAGAACCUCAUCACCAUCCUUAGCGGAGUCGGCGGCGAUGUCGUGGCAGAUGGAUGGUCUUCAUCGGAGAGUCCGCUCAACAGACGACAUGAACUCUCUCCUCUCAGAGUUUUCCAUGAUGUUCCAGAGCUUCACAGAGGGCGAGCUUCAACAUGUGGUCGGGACCUUGCUAGACAGGAAGAGAAGGAAGAGCCGACGCCUGGGUGAGAACCAGGCCCGAAGGACUAAAAGAGCCAGGAGGCAAAAGCCCUGCUCUCUGAGGGAGCUGGAGUUGACCGUGAGUGAGCUGGGUCUCGGCUACGAGAGCGACGAGACAGUGCUGCUGCGCUACUGCAGUGGCAAAUGCACGGCCCACCGGCAUAACUACGACAUCACCAUGGAGCACAUGAUGCGGACGGGCUUCAAGAAGAAGGGCCGCAAGGACAAGGUCAGUAACGGGCCCUGCUGCCGGCCAACCGCAUUCGAAAACGACUUUUCCUUCUUGGACAAUAAGAGCCGCUAUCACACGAUACAGAAUGUGUCUGCGAAGAAUUGUGGGUGUGUAUGACCCAGAGAAAUGGACUUAUUAUUUCGUCAUGCUGCUCUCAGCCUCUGUUGGAAGAGUCGAACAAGGAUGCUGUUAAAAGACAAUUACAGAAAACUAUGGAAUAUAAUCUCAAGGAGAGGAGGAAAGGAUGGAAAUAUGUAAUAUAAGACUGCUGCACGGCGGCCAUCUUUGACAGACAGACUUCUCACUGUCACCACAGCUUGGGAACGAAUCACAUGGACAGCACGUGCUGUGUUUCUGUGGAUUCUAUGUAAAAAUACAGAAAAUGACUGUUGAUGACAAAACAUUUUUAUUAUCUUUUCUAUCUGUGUAGUAACACUGUAAACUGUGGUGUAACAACAAUGUAGCAACAUUAUGUUUGUGAUAUUACAUUUGAGUAGUAGUACACAUAUGACUCAUGUUGACAAUGAGCCAUGGUGGACUAGAUUAUUGCUGUUACUACACUUCAUAUCCAUGGACGGUAAAUAAGUCCAAAUCUCGUAGUUUACAUGAUUAUAGUGGCGAUAGUAAAUCAUCCGUCAGGCAAAAAAAAAAAGUGCUCAAAAGUCAGUUCAAAGCCAUAAAGAAAACAAACAAACAAACAAAAAAUAAUAAUUUAAUGCACCAAUGUUUACUUUAAGUUCUGUGCAAGACAGUUUGGACCGUUGACCUAAUUAUAACUUCUUGUGAUAAGAUGUCUCCAGAGAGUAUAUUGACUUAAAAGUGUGUUGAAUUGUUGCACAAGACAUGACAUUGUGACCUGUUUGUUUGCAUUACUGUUACUGAUUGCAGUGUUAUUACACAGGUAAGGUAUUGAUAAGAAUUUAACGAAAGAAAAUCCUUUUCUAUAGCUCCAGGUUUGGUACCCACGUUUAAUAAGUGUUUUGUAUAUUGAUGUUGUGUAGAUUAACAAUGAGGACCAAUUUUAAAACACAUAAGUACACUCUCACUUUAGCAAUAGAUCAGUAUGAACAAUUUCUCCAAUUUGCUCUCCAUAGACUAGCUCAUCAUUCUCAAAGAAAUUGUAAUUUUAAGUCUUUUUUUUAAAAAUACUUUUCCCAAAUAACCCUGUGUUGCAACUACCCAUAAUCCUCUGGAAUUAUUUUUCUCAAAGAAUUGCCAAAACAAAGUUAAUUCAACACAUGAUGAAUUCACAAACUUAGAUUCAUAAAUAUCUCACGUCUCAAGUUCCAGGUGAUACAACCUCUUUUAUGUCGUCUCUGGAUGUAAUCUGCAAACGUUUACACAGAGUUUUUAGCCAAUCAGAGGCUCAAGUGUGAAAGAGAAGAAUGGUUUUAAUGAUCAGUAGUGACAUGUGUUUUUUUUUUGUUUUGUUUUGUUUUGUUUUGUUUUUUCUCGCUGCAGGAAAACUAACUAUGAAGAAGAGACAUGAUCUGGGAACGUGUUUGCACCCAUAUAUAAAAUCCUGUAACUUGCUUUAAUCCAGAGCCCACAGUACAGCCUUCUAUUGGCCCAUCAAAUGCCUCCUUGUUGUAUUGCCUGGUAGACUUUUAGGGGGAAAAUAAGCUGUUGAAAUGAAUUAUCAAGCAUCUGUUUUGGUUUUGAACCCAUUGCAACUGUUUGCCUGAAGUACAAUAAAUUAUGUUUUGUUUUGUUUUUGUCUUUCCGAGGAGGUGCAGUGCGGGGCGCAUAUGCGGAUGCGGUGCAUCUUUAUUGUAGCUUAUAUUGUAUUUAUUUGGGAAGUAAAUUAUGGUUUUGCAUAUUUAUUUAGAGUACCACACAGAAAUGGGACAGCUUAUUAUCAUUAAGCAACUGUGCCAAAAAAUGUUUUAUCUAACAUUCUAUAUUGACUGCUGAAUAAACAUAAUUUCAGAGGUA